AUGGACACACGCCGCAGGGGACUGCUGAAAACCUUCGUGGAAGAUGUGGAUGGAUUCAUGAGAUUAAUGGAACACAUGGGAACAGUGAUUUUGGGAUUGAGCGCACUCCACCUAAUCCAAGCGAAGAUGGAGGCACUUGAACUGAAUGACCUGGAUGUAUAUGUGACACAUGAAUUCGACAAAGAAGUAGUGAAGCAUAUGAAAGGGAAAGGUUAUGAAAUGAAGUGGGAAUCUGAGAGGAAGACAGAAUAUGAUGGUUCAGCAAUGAAGAAGAUAUACAAAUUGAUGAAGAAUGAACGUGAGGUGGACAUUAUCGUCACCAACUGGGCCGGUGCCAUCGUACCCAUCGUGCAAUAUCACUCCACAGCAGUCAUGAACUACAUGACGGCGCAUAGCCUCGUGUGUAUGUACCCUGAGUGGACGAAAAACUGCCAGAGUUUGGUCAAUCCGCAGAUGUAUCUCAACAAUGGGACAAAUAUAUGCACCGUGAUGGCAUUGAUGAAAUAUGUCCGAAGGGGAUUUUGCAUGAGUGCAGAUCCAUUCAAAUUCAGCGUGCACAACUGUAACAUGAGCGGGUACUGUCCAAACGCAGUGAGGAACACAAUUGACGGAGAUACCAUGCGAUGGAACUUUGAAGAGGUGAAGAUGGUAGGAAGAAUGACGGUGACUUGCAAGGACAUGGCUGUUGUGAUUUGGCGGCUGGGCGGAGGAGAGUGUGAGGAAGACAGCGAUGAAAAGAAUCCUGGUUACAUUGGAGUAGGGGCGUGA